AGCGGGCGGCACACCAGCGAGGAGAGAGAGAGAGAAGAGAGAGAGAGAGAGAGGGAGGCGGAGGAGAGAGAAACCCCUAGUCUCCAGGCUCCAGCCGCCUCGCCUUCCCUUCCCUCUCGCCGCCUCCGCCUCGCCGAGAGGGGCGAGGAAGGAAAGCCCUAAGGGGUUCGCGCCCGCGGACGGCGGCGCCGGCGCCUUCGCCUGCGGAGGGCUACGAGAUCUCGCGGCGGCGCCGCCGGCUGGUGUUUCGGGGUCCAGCGGCGGGCGGGCGGCGGGCGGUGCUUGUGGUGCUCGGUGAGUCCGCUCGAUCCCCCUCGCCGCGGGAGCGUCCACCCGAGCUGCCCCGCCCCUCGAAUCGAGGGUUCUGGUAGGGGGGGUCGGUCACCUCCUCCUGCUCCCCCCCCCGGCGCCCGCGGAAUAAGCUAGCCCACCCCCCUCUCUUGCCUCGGGGUGGGGGGGUUAGGGUUAGGUCUUUUUUUCCCCGGAAUUGCGGGCGGAAUUCCGCGGCCAAGGCGGCACAUUGCUACCGCGUCUCCGCCCCCCCCCCCCCCCCCGGCUGCCAGCAAUGAUGGGGAAGACGCACAGGUUCUCCAAGGGCCACCCGCUCGGCUUCGUGCCCGACUACCGGCACGGGGUGGUGGAGACAGUCGGGGAGUCCAAGGGGCUCGGGGCUAGCCCCGCGAGGAUCGACUCGGGGAGCUCCUGCGCCGCUCUUCCGCCCAAGAGGAAGUGCGUGGCCAGCGUGAAUUCCGAGGAGGGGGAAGGCGCCUCAGGGUUCAGCGUGCCCCGGGAGGUGUUCUCGCUGCCCAGGAUGACGGCUGUGGACAAGAAGGACCUGGAGAUGAGGCUCCGCCAUGAGCUCGCGCAGGUGAGGGACCUCCAGAGUAGGCUGUUUUCGAGAGGGCCUGCGGUGAGCAUGAAUGGUGCGGCAGUCAUGCCAGCGCCUCCCGCAGGCGAUGUGCACCCCAAGAAAAAGGUUGAGAAGCUCAAGCGGAGCGAGUCGAUGCAGACGGACCGGGGAGCGCCGCCACCGGUGGCUGUGGCUGUUGCCCCACCUGUUGCCAGCUCUUUUAACUACACAUCAUCGUUUAAACAAUGUGCCAACCUUCUCAAGUCCCUUAUGGGCCAUGGAUGGGCUGGCCCGUUUCUUGUGCCGGUUGACAUUGUGAAGUUGAACAUCCCUGACUAUUUUACAAUAGUCAAGCAGCCCAUGGAUUUGGGCACGAUCCAGAAAAAGAUGAAGGCAGGAAUGUACUCCACACCUCGGGAAUUCGCUGCGGAUGUGAGGCUCACUUUCAGCAACGCUAUGAAUUAUAACCCGGUCAAUAAUGAUGUUCAUCUAAUGGCCAAAACUUUGAGCAAGAACUUUGAGACUCGAUGGAGGCUUAUUGAGAAGAAGCUCCCUAAACCAGAUGAGAAGCCUCCACGAGACGAGAGGCCUCCUCAACCAGACGAGAGGCCUCCUCAGCCAGUUGAGAAGCCUCCUGUGAGGGAGCCCACAAAAAAGAAUUCAACUAAGAGAGUUGCCAUUGAGAAAGAAGACCCCAGCAAGAAAAAACCAUCAAAGAAAAAUGUACCUAAGCAAGACAUCUUUCGGGAAGAAGAUUCAGCGGACAAUCCAGUUUUGCAACCUAAGAAGAGGAAAACCUCUCCUUUGGUACAAGAUGCUCCUUUGGUAGAAGAUAUUGUUCCAACUAGAAAGAGAAUGAUGACGAAUGAGCAAAAAUAUGAUUUAAGUGCAAGAUUACAAUCAUAUGGUGCAUUCAUUCCAGAUCAUGUAGUUGAGUUCAUAAGGAGUCACGCUGACAAUUGCGAUGCCGACGAAGAGGAAUUAGAGCUCGAUAUGGAUGCUCUUGGAGAUGAUACACUUUUUGAAUUACAGAAGCUACUUGAUGACUAUGACAGGGUUAAUCCGUCAAGAAACCUUACAGAAGAGGAGCCUCAUGAGGUUGAGUCUCAGAGUCAAUAUGAACUCAUGAAUCCAUCAGUGUGUAACAAUGAACUUAUCAAUCCAUCAGUGUGUAACGAUGAAGGCAAUGAGCUCAUUGACGAGGAUGUUGAUAUUGGGGAGAACGACCCUCCAGUUUCGACUCUUCCUCCUGUGGUACUUGAAGAUGAAACAGCAGACAGAAGCAGCAAGCAUAGUACAUCUAGCAGUUCUAGUAGUGGCUCAGAAUCAUCCUCUAGUGACUCAGAUUCAAGUAGCUCUUCUGGAAGUGAUACAGAUGCCAAAGCUCCUCAACAAAACAGCGGGCCAAAGGAAAAAAUUCUACCUGUGGAUGGCUUGGAUAAAGAAAAGGAUUCACUGAACACAUUAAAUUUACCAGAGCAAAGUACAAACCCUAUAUCUGUUUCUGCUGAUGGUGAGGGGGGAAAUGUAUCUGAGAAGCAGGUCUCCCCUGACAACCCUGACAAGCAAAUCCGAGCUGCCCUUCUGAGAAGCCGCUUUGCCGAUACGAUUCUUAAGGCUCGUGAAAAGGCCCUUGAUCAGACUACAAAAAAGGAUCCUGAGAAGCUUCGACGCGAAAGGGAGGAACUUGAGAGGGUACAAAGAGAAGAGAGAGCUCGAUUGCAAGCUGAGGCUAAAGCCGCAGAGGAUGUUCGCAAGAGGGCUGAAGCAGCAGCUGCUGCUGAGGCUGCUGCAGAAGCUAAACGACAAAGAGAACUUGAGAGAGAAGCAGCUCGCAAAGCUUUGCAAGAGAUGGAGAAAACUGUUGACAUCAAUGAAGGGAGCCAUUUUUUGAAAGAUCUUGAAAUGCUUGGAAGUGUCACAGGUGAACAGAUACCCAACUUGGUUGGUGAAACAAGUCCUGGGUUUGAAAUGGGAAGCAACACCCUAGAAAAGCUCGGGUUGUACAUGAAAAAUGAUGAAGAUGAUGAGGAUGCUGAUUUCACAGAUGAACCAGUGGUUGAUGUUGAAGAGGGAGAAAUAGAUUAACUGUGUUUCUGGACCAUUUUUGAUACGUUACAGGAGACCUGUUGGCAUGACUGAUCUGAUAGCUUUUCUUUGGUAUACAAAGUGACCUGACGAAAGAUCGUGUCGCAUCGAACCUGAAGGUCUGGUAUUCGUUUUUGUAACUGCCCAAGUUUUGGAGCCAAGUUGGCACAUGAUGUAGCGAGCCCAAACGUGUUGGAGGUUCGUCGUGCUGCAUGCGAGGAGUGCAUGGAGUGUGCCUAUCGUUUGGAUUGAGAAUCUCUGGACUUUCCAUAUCCAUAAAAUGGAAUGGCGAGUUUAUUGCAUAUAUGAUGAGGCCAUAAAAGGGGAUGAGAAGGAGAGAGGGUUGAGGGGAUGGUGAUGGUUCUUGGCUCUUGAGCAGGUGCGAGCCGUUUUUGAGGGGUAGUUUUAGAGCCAUUUCCGUGUUGUGAAUGUAAUAUCGGAAACUGUACAAAAGUUAGCCUGAUAGAUGGAAAACAUUGCCUUUAAUUUAUGCAGUGCCUGUUCUUCACCGAUCAGUUCACUUUUUCCGGAGUACUAGUUUUCAUGAGAUGCUGUUCUUUCA